AUGUUGGCCAAUACUGCACGCACUUUUGUCAAGGCACGACCCCUGUUCGCACAACGCUUCUAUGCUACCGGCGCCGGUGCCAACACCUUGUUGGUCGUCGAACACAAGGAUGGCGCCAUUAGCGGUGCUACGUUGAAUGCUUUGACUGCUGCCACGAAAUUGGGAGGUACUGUCACCGCCUUGGUCGCUGGAGGCGAAGAUGCCGUUGCACAGUCGAUUGCCAAAUACGCUGGCGUGUCCAAAGUCUUGACAGCCAGCGAUGCUUCGUACAGCAAGAACUUGCCCGAAGACUUGGCACCUUUGCUUGUCCAAGUCACGAAAUCCAACAACUUUACGCACGUGUUUGCUGGCCAUACUGCUGUCGGCAAGAACGUCUUGCCACGCGUGGCCGCCCUUUUGGACGUGGCUGCUGUUUCGGAUAUCACCGGUAUCGAAUCCGAAGAUACCUUUAUUCGUCCCAUCUACGCCGGUAACGCCAUUGCUACCGUCAAGUCGGGUGAUAACGUCAAGAUCGUUACUGUCCGUGGCACUGCUUUUGAGGCCGCUCAAGAGGCUGGUAACAAUGCGGCUGUCGAGGCCGCUCCUGAGGUCGCCAAGACUGGCGUCACUGAAUGGGUCGGUGAGGAGAUCCAAAAGAGCGAUCGUCCUGAUCUCGGUACUGCUAACCGUGUCAUCAGUGGUGGUCGUGGUAUGAAGAAUGGCGAGAACUUCAAGUUGUUGUAUGAUUUGGCUGACAAGAUGGGUGCUGCUGUGGGCGCUUCGCGUGCUGCUGUUGACGCUGGUUUCGUUGACAACUCGCUUCAAGUGGGUCAGACCGGCAAGAUCGUUGCUCCAGAACUCUACGUUGCUGUUGGUAUUUCUGGUGCCAUUCAGCAUCUUGCUGGUAUGAAGGACUCCAAGACCAUUGUUGCUAUCAACAAGGAUGCCGACGCUCCUAUCUUCCAGGUUGCCGACUACGGUUUGGUUGAGGAUCUGUUCAAGGCUGUUCCCGAGAUGACCGAAAAGUUGUAA